AUGGCUGACGUUCAACAGGAGGAACCUCGCACGAACGGCAUGACGCCGCCAGAUACCCCCAGCCCACAAGUGGUAGCGUCACCACCCCCGAGUGCCCUCCCAUCAUCCUCAUCCAAACGACGGCGGAGCAGCGUCGACCGGGAUGCGCAGGACAUGGUGAUCUCCUCUCUGCGGCACCAGAUCCAAGACCUAAUCUCGCAAGUAAGCCAACUCAAUGCCAAGCUCGUGAAAUCGUACGACCGCGUCUCCGACCUCGAGGACGACCUGCACGUCGCCUCCGCGAACCUGCGGCAGUCCUCUCUGAAGAUCUCGCACCUCGAGCUCGAGCGCACGCAGCAUCUAUCCGCGCUGAACACCGGGCUGCUGGUGGAGAAGUCGCAUGUGACGACGGAACUGACGCGGCUGAUGGAGAAGGCGACGGAGGAGGCGGCGCAGCGGGGGCAGGCGGAGAGUGCUAGGGCGGCGAUCGAGAAGGAUUUGGAUGAUUUAAGUGCGUCGCUGUUCGGGCAGGCGAAUAUGAUGGUGGCGGAGGCAAGGCUGGGGCAGCAUAGGAGCGAGCGGAAGGUGGAGGAGGCGGAAAGGGCGUUGAAGAGCGCAGAGGAGGCGGUGAAGGACAUGCAGGCGCAGAUGCAGGCAAUGCAGGCGGAGAGGGAGCAGGAGGAGACGAGGAGGGACAAGGGAAAGUGGCCCGAGCGGCCGUUGACGACGACGAGCCUCAAGCUAAUGAACAUGCACACCCCGUACCUCGACUUCCUCGCCUUCCUUGCCCACCUCCGCCUCCUGCACCCGACGUCGCCCAACCCACCACCGAUGUCGACCCUCCUGCCCCUUCCCUUCCUCACUCGCCUACUUACAGAAGACUCAGAACCUACAAUCCGCCUCGACCUCGCCCCAUCCCUAAACUGGCUCUCGCGCCGCUCAGUCCUCGCUGCUAUCCACUCGGGCCAGCUCACCAUCGAGCCCGUCGCACCCUCAUACCUCUUUACCGAGUCCUCCGUCGUCGGCAUCAACAGCUCCAACGACAACAUUUCCUGUGCACUUUGCGGCGCGCCCGUCUUCCCUCCACCACCGCCCACCGACGGAGAAAGACACCACCCUCGCCCACCAACUCAUCCGCAGAGCCACGCACACACACACGGGCACGGGCAGGCGCAAACCCCAACGAAUACCUGGUCCGGGGCGUUCUUCAAGCGGCCGUCGUUGGGCCUGGUGACAGGGAGCAACAGCGGUUCGCAGCCGCCUUCACCCUCGUACCCGACGUUCGCCCGGUCCGCGUCUACCAGCCUGUCGAACCAGCACCAGCAGGUGUACAUCUUCCGCCUCGCCCCCCAAACAUCCACCGGUAUAUCCGUCUCCGUGCCCUCGCUCUCCAUACCCAUACCCUCGCUCCCAAAGUCGACUUCCCAUUCGCAGGGUCUCUCUUCGUCGUCAAAUUCGUAUUACAACCACAACCACACCUCUGCGUCAGGCUCAUCCUCCCAGCUCCCCAGCGGCGUCCAGACCCCCGUUAACGGCCAACAAUCAGUCACCACGACGAUCUACCCGCUCUGCUCGUCGGGCUGGUGCCUCGCGCGCCUCCGCACGACGUGCACACUGUGGACCGCGAUUGGGGAGAGGGCGGUGAGCUGGGGCGAGGGCGACAAGGAAAAGGAAAAGCGGACGUCGAUGGUCACGGCGUCGACCUCCACCCCCGCUGUUGUGAAUGGCCCACCUCCGCCGCAACAUCCGAGCAUCGCGAAUGCGGACACGCUGAGGAGGCUCCCGCCACCUCUUCCUCCCUCUGAACCUGCGCCAGCGCCGCCUCCGAAGACCGCCGCGGCCGCGGGCAACCCCCCGCUACCACCCCCGCCCCCACUACCGAAGAGGAGCGAGGGGCGGAGCAGGGUGCCAACGCCAACGCCUGUUCCUGAUCCUUCUCCUACCUCCGUGCCCGCUCUGCCUUCCGCCUCUGGCUCUAAUCCUUCUGGCUCUGGUCCUUCUGCCGGGGGUGCGUCUGGCGAGGGAGCAGCACCAAUCACGCCUCCCAAAACGCCUCCUCCUGUACCCACAACACAACCCAGUGUAGCCCCGCUCUCGCCCAUCAGGGGAGCCCACCUUCGCUCUGCCUCGCAAGGUGGAGCGGCUUCGCCCCCGCCGAUACCACCGCGUAGUCGACCGACUCCUACUCCUACUCCUACUCCGCAACCACAACCACAGCCAUCGGUAGAAGGAGCGGCGGACGUACCUCUGCCCGAAUCGCGUCCUGCGACACCUGGUACUUCUGGUACUUCUGUUGCGCCACCGCCUCCACUACCGAGGAGGGCAGCUGCGAGAGCUAGGGUGGUUGGUGGAGGUGUAGGUGAAGGAUCGAGGCCUGGGACGCCUGGUGUUGGGGCUGGGGCUGAGGAGGUCAAACUGGAAGAAGAGGGCGUCGUAAAAGAGGUCAAGCCAGAACCAAAGGCCGAGGAGGGCACACCAGAAGAGGAAGCUGCGGUGAAGGAAGUCGAGCCAGAGGUGAAGACGGACGAGGAGAAGGUGGAAGAGAAGGUGGAAGAGAAAGAGGUGAAAGAGGAGGCGAAACCCACCUUACCCGAUCGCACGACAGCACCCUCCCCCGCGCCGUCGGACGUGUUCGUCGACGCUGAGAGCGAGGGUGAAGGUGAGGCGAAGUCGAAGGAUAAGGAGGACGAGAGCAAGGAGAAGGAUGAGAACAAGGAGGAUAACGAAAAAGUUGCGGCGGAGACGAAGGACCCCAAGGACGAGGAGAAGAAACAAGCAGACGACGAGGACGACACACGGACGAUCGUCGUCGUUGACAAACCCUCUGCCGGUGCGGUUAAGGAUACGUCCACCGAGCUCGAUGUCGAGGGAGAGGAAGAUCCCCAGCCCAAGCCGGCGCCCGAGCUGGCUGCCCCGGAGGUCCAGGUCAACGGCUCUCGGUCGGAAGAUCCAGAGGGCAUGCACCCUGAAGAGCUCGCCGCGCUCGAGUCCAAAGCUGCACAGGAAGACGAAGCGGAAGCACACCGCGCACGGGAAGCGGAAGAGGCAGCCCGACGCGCUCAGGAGGCCGAGGAAGAGGAAGGUAAAGCCCAGGAAGAGAGAGAACGCAAGGAGAAGGAAGAGCGGGACAAUGCCUUGUAUGUCGGCGACGCGACGUGGGAGGAGCGCGCAUGGCGGGAGAUCGUGCGACUGCGCGAGGAUAUGUUUUGGGCGAGGGUGGGAGGCGUUAGGGAGUAA